UCACUGCUUGCAGAGCUCGCAUCGCAAUGGCGCCGAGGCUCGCGCUCCUCCUGGCCGUGACCCUCCUCUCCGCUGCUUCGACCUCGAGCGGGUGCGGAUCCGCCUGCCCGUCGCCGGGGACCCCCUACCCGCAGCCGCCGUCCGGAGGUGGUGGUGGUGGCGGUGGCGGCGGCGGCGGUGGUGGUGGCGGUGGCGGCGGCAACUCCAGCAGCAGCUGCCCGAUCGACACGCUGAAGCUGGAGGUGUGCGCGGACGUGCUGCAGCUGCUGAGGCUCAAUAUCGGCGUGCCGGACGACGAGCAGUGCUGCCCGCUGCUGCAGGGGCUCGCCGACCUCGACGCCGCCGUCUGCCUCUGCCUCGCCGUCCGGGCCAACGUCCUUGGUAUCGUGCUCGAUAUCCCCGUCGACCUCACCCUCCUCCUCAACUACUGCCACAAGGACCGCGUCGCCGGCUUCAUCUGCCCGGCCAAUUGAAGUUGAACGUAUAUGGAGUACGUGCGCCGUGCGCGUGCAUCCAUGCAUGCCACGUACUACGUGAUAUCUAUGUAUACUAGCUCCCGUCCGGGCCCAACAAGUUCCUGCACGCAUGCGAAGUCUACGUGUGGCAACUGCCAAACUGUUCUUGUGCAGCAACUUGUAAGCCGUAACGUCCCGUAGUAUAGAUAUAGAGAUUGGGUACGGUUGUACACGCGUGUCUAUC